AUGCUAAAGAAGAGUUUUUUGGACCAAUGGCUUCCCUCGAAGAAGGAUUUUUAUAAUGAAUUUGAGGACCACACAAAUCGCUGCUAUAAAAUAAACGCUCAUAGUUCUAUGGAUAAGAUAGAAGGCGUGUUACAUAGUGAUAAUAGUACUCAGAAAUAUGCCGAGCGGAGUGUGAGAGCUUGGUGUGACGCAUGCGGAAAGAGGGAAAAAAGCACUACACAGGACGAUGAUUCACCCUGCCGCUUUUUAUAUUAUUGGAUAGGAGAGAAGGUAUUUACCGAAGGGGGAGGUAGUUCCUGGGCAGAAAUCAUGGGGAUCAUUUAUAGUAAGCUUAGGAGUGUACCUGGAGAGAAGAAGUGUAAAAUUAUUUACCCUGACAUUGACCAAACUACCUUUGGACAUAUGAAGAUGUUAUAUGAUUACUAUAAAGACUACGAAACCAUAGACGCAUAUUUAAAACUCAAUGACUAUUACUGUGAUCAGGGAUGUAAGGAUUACUUUUCUAACCUUAAAGCAUCCUAUGAUUAUAUGUAUAGAAAAUUAAGUGAUGACAGGGAGAGUCCAUAUUGUGAUGACUUCCUACAAAUGUAUCCUUACGGUGUACAAUCUUUUACCUUCUUGGUUUCGUAA